AUGGGCUACCAGGGAGGAGGUCUGGCAGGCCGCCCGAAAUCGAAACAUGCUCCCGAAGACCGGGGACCCCUGGGCACCGGGGCGAAAUCGGUCGCCCCCAGGAAGGGGCUUUGGCUAGUUGGAAUCAAGGACGCAUCUAAAGCCAACCAGAUCAUCGGGGGCACUGUGGAAUUCAACUAUAAGGGACAUGUGCACAAAGGCAUCUUCGAAAAAUACUACACCGGCGGCCCCAAGCGGUUCGUUACCGACUCAGUGGGAGCGAUAGACGAUGACGACCUAAUCGGACUCAUUGCGACCAACGUCCCCGGGAUAGAAUUCGACCUUGCAAAGCAGGCACUGGGAGGUACCGUCGGGCCGAAGAGGCAGGUGGAUUUCGCUAAGCCACCAGGACUUAUCGGCCUCUGCGGUCUCCGGCUCCAUAAUCCCAGGAUCUCCCUUGGCGCCUGCGAGCACAUUCAGGGCGACCUGGGACCGACCAGCGCCCCACACGUGCCUCCCGCCGCCUGGUUUAUUCGAAAUGUGAAGCGAUUGUCGGACUUUCCGGACAAGUUCCUCCUCAGUUACUCUGGGAAGAACCGUUAUAUCAACCUAGAAGGAACGAAUAGGCUGUUCUGUGCUGAUCAGAUCACACUCGCCACCAUCCACAUCGAUACCUUCGACAGACGGUCUAUCAAACCGACAUCCCCCGUCUGUAAGGGCCAGCGUUUUACCAUCCCCGCUCCGGAAGAAACAGCAACUCUCAAGUCUAUUUUGAACUCCGUCCAAGCACCAACUGAAACGACAUUUCUGAAGCUCUUCCAGACAGCUCUGGAGCUCUGCCAAAGGGACAGAGCCAUACAGUCAAACACGACCUAG